AUGUUGUGGAGCGGCCAUGAGAGCCGCCAAGACGGCCUUGAGAGCCGCCAAGACGGCCAUGAGGGCCGCAAAGACGGCCAUGAGAGCCGCCAAGACGGCCAUGAGAGCCGCCUAGACGGCCAUGAGAGCCGCCUAGACGGCCAUGAGAGCCGCCAAGACGGCCAUGAGAGCCGCCAAGACGGCCAUGAGAGCCGCCAAGACGGCCAUGAGAGCCGCCUAGACGGCCAUGAGAGCCGCCAAGACGGCCAUGAGGGCCGCAAGGACGGCCAUGAGGGCCGCCAAGACGGCCAUGAGAGCCGCCAAGACGGCCAUGAGAACCACCAAGACGGCCAUGAGAGCCGCCAAGACGGCCAUGAGAGCCGCCAAGACGGCCAUAAGGGCCACUACACCUCACAAGACGAUGUGAGUACUUAA